UGAGGCCAUGGCCGCCUGCGCUUGUCCCGCCGCUCGGUUCCCCGCGCGUUGUGCGCAUCGUGCGCAUCUCUCCGCCCGGGUACGUUUAGCGUGGUCGGGGGUAACGCGGCUGCUGGCCCCGUGAGGCGGUGCGGUGUUCCUUGUCAAAGGAGGGGGGGCUGCUGCGAGGACAGUCCUGUGUAAACAGAUAAGAAAGCAGAAAUUGACAGUCUUGCAGCGGAAUACAUUGAAUCAGUCAAGAACAUGUUACCUGAGGAGCGAGUGGAACACCUGAAGAAAAUCCAGAGUGCCUACAGCAAAUGUAAAGAGUACAGUGAUGAUAAAGUGCAGCUAGCCAUGCAGACCUACGAGAUGGUGGAUAAGCAUAUCCGCCGGCUGGAUGCAGACUUGGCACGAUUUGAAGCAGAUCUGAAAGAUAAACUGGAAGGCAGUGACUUUGAAAACCCUGGAUCUCGAAGCCUGAAAAAGGGACGAAGUCAGAAAGACAAAAGAGGCUCUCGUGGCCGAGGCAGGCGAACAUCUGAAGAAGAUACACCAAAGAAAAAGAAAUUCAAAGGAGGAUCUGAGUUUGCUGAUACCAUCCUGUCAGUGCAUCCAUCGGAUGUCCUGGACAUGCCAGUGGACCCCAAUGAACCUACCUACUGCUUGUGUCACCAGGUGUCCUAUGGAGAAAUGAUUGGCUGUGACAACCCAGAUUGCCCAAUUGAAUGGUUCCACUUUGCUUGUGUGGACCUCACCACCAAACCAAAAGGGAAAUGGUUUUGUCCUCGUUGUGUUCAGGAAAGAAAGAAAAAGAAGUAAGGAGUAGAGGGGAAUACAUCCUCUGAGGCAAGAAGAAUUUAAUAUAUUCCUUCCUUCAUGUUGCAAUAUUAUCUUUGAUUUUUUUUUUUUUUUUAAACUACCCUCCUUCUUUUUCUGGUAUGAUAUUUAAUUGUCCAGUGGCCAGUUGUAAUUCCUGUUCUUUCAUAAGAAAAUGGCUGUAGGAGGGAGGGAAAUUGCCAUGGGGAUUUUAUUUAUGUUACACUUGCACAGCACUGAAAUUGGAGUUACUAUGAAGUGCUAGGGCAGCCAGUAGCUGUAGUCUGCUAGUUUGUAGGAAUCUGUGAAACCAUGUAAGGCAUUGCAGGAGAGUGAAAUACCUGUAUCUUCAGCAUGAUGCAUCGCCAUCAUGGAAACAGUUUAGGCCUAGAGCUUGGUGUGAGGGAGAAUAAGAAACGUGCUCCAGUGUAGCCUGCAUGAAAGAAGUAGGCUCCGUUGUUUAGGCGUGAAGUCCAUUUGUUGUGCAGUUUUGUAGUACAGAAAGGAACAGGGAAACUGGUUAACUGUUUUCAGGGUCGGCUUCCUCAAAGCCAAGUACUGUGCUUAGUUUUGGCAGGCAGGGUGGGAGAGAGGUAAGGUCAAACCUUCUCUUUUGGGGAGUUUCUUCUGUCUACCUUUGCACUGCCUUUAUGUUACUUGAUCUUGCCCCCAUUCACAUGAACCUUAACAGAAGCAAAUCAUUUGGAUUUUCAUCUGCUAGGAAAGGUUUGUCUUUUGGGGGUAAAACCUUUAAAUAGCAAAGGAAUUGUCCAGCAGUGCUUCUUAGUGACAGUAAUAUUGAGAGAGGGCGUUACCUUUCCUGGCUAUUCCCAUUUCUCUCAAGAUCCUUUAAGUACAUUACUGUGAAGAUGAAACCUACAGUAUUCUUACAGAGAUAGAAGGUCUGAUUUAUUCAUAAAAUUAGAUGAAGGCCUCAUUUUUGUUACUUGUGUUUGCCUGUGUUGCACCUGGGUAAAUCAGGAAAACAAGCUUUAGGGGAACGUUCCCUGAGGAUGGUGUGUACAUUCCCAUGUUGGUGUGGGAAAGUAUAAAGGAGGCCACUGGGUAGUUUGGUGGGGAUUUGAAUAGCAUUUGCUGUGAAGCACUGCUAUUGAGGGAAGGCCAUGCAACAGGAAUGUUUUAAAAUUACUUCAUGUCUUUUUUUAAGGGGGGGGGGGAACGAACACAUUUGCAUGUUCUUGACUUCUUUAAGAUGCCUUUUGGAUUAUGAAUGUGAAUCCUUGUCGUCACAGUGUCAGUUGCAGCAGGGGAAGAACCAGGAGUAGGAAAACAAAAGUCUUUUUUUCCUUCCUCUAAGUUAGAGUGGAUGCAGAAGUUGAGGGAAGAGCAGGGAUAACUCUUGUCUUCACAUACAUCUCCUGUAUUAUGGGGCUUACCUGCCUACAAUAAAAGGUGUUGUGGGGAAAGGUGGUUCUGCUGGUGGAGGGGGAAAAAAAAAAAGCCGUCCCAAACGAAAACCCCCUGCAGCAGUAGGCACCAGGGUUCAUGAACUUUGCUGUCUGUGAUCCCUGAUGGGUGUAGAUGGCAGCUCUUUGCAGGGCUGUGUACUACUUUGCAUACCAUUGUGCCGAGCUCUUGGUAUAGACUGCUUGAAAGGCAUUAAGAAACUUCCAGAUAAGCUUUUAUUCGGCUGUAAAAGCAAUCUGAAUGAACAGUACAGAAGAAAAACCCUCUUCUAGUCAGAUUUUGGCACCUGUUUCCAAAAGAAACAAGUUUUUUCCCUGUAAUACUAACCCUCUUGUGUUUUGCAAUGAAAGUAGAACACAGCUCUUGCCAAUUUUCCUUCCCUCCUUUGCUCUGUUGGGCUUUGUAGAUGCUGCAGGUAUGUCAAGACUGACAUGGAAGAAAUCUCUUGAUACUGAGACAGCUUUUCUGUGAACAUUUUGAUUUAUUGCAUCUGCUAUGGGAAAAAAAAAAAACCAACAAAACAAACCAAACCCAUCUCCAGGGUCCUGUCAUUUUAAACUGUGAUGUUGCACGUGUCUUCGCUCCAUUUCAUCACUCCGCAUGUUGUGUAUGAAAUUGCUGUAGUUAUUGUGUUUACAAGAUGACGCACGUUUGUCAUUGUUGGCAUUGUAGUAGUACCCGCAAAGCAGGCAGACAGAUUAAAUGCGGAGGGAAGGAGGAGAAAAAAGCACAAUCAUGCAAACCUGAACUUAGAAAUACAGUCAGCCCUCUUUUUUUUAUUUCUGAUUUUUUUUUUUUUUUUUUUUUUUUUUUUUUUCUUUGAGAGCAGAUUUAUUUGUGAUACCUCAUGAGCCAGCCUGUAAUUCAGUAACCAGGGAGUGAGACCUGUACCUCACUGACCUGCUACACUGGAUUAACAUAGGGGCGUUACUGCGUCCUGAAGACUAGUGACUAGUGUAGAUAGCAUUUCAGGUUUUAUUUUCCCCCUUCCGUUCAAUGAUAUCAUAUACAACUUUUUUUUUUUCCCUAAGGCUUUAUUAAUAGUGGUAUCACCAUACAGUAAGCAUGUGGUUUGAAACAAUCUCAGAAUUCCACUGCACCUCCUUUGUGGGUCGUGCUGGAAACAUGCCCGUAUGGAAGUACACAGCUAUGGAUGAGUUGAGCGCCCUCAGCUCAGAAAGCAUGGUCAGGUAGGACAACAAAAUUGUUAGUGCGUGCUUCUCGGGGCUCAGAAGAGCAGACAUUUUCCAUUUUAACCAGCAAAGCAAAAAUUAAAAUAAGCUCUAAAAGCUGGCAUCAGCCCUCAAAAAGAAAGAUAGUUCGCUAGGAAUUGUGAACAGUGUGAGGUACAAAAUACUCUUUUUUACAACAUAACGUCUCUCAUGUCAGGAUAUCUGAUACCAGCAAUAAACUGUCCCACUGGGAGCAUACCAGCACAGGGGCUCUGGUGGGCUCAGGAGCAUCUCUUGGCCACAUACACCUGCCUUUAGAGAUUUUUAAAACUCCUUUAUAGACAGAAAUACCGGUAGCCUUCAUUUUUCUUUACAAAAGGAUUUAAAUCUUUCUCCUGACUUUUGAAUGUACAGUGUUAAAUAUACUUCUCUGGAGAAGGGUGAACAAGACUGUGAUACAUGUAAAGGAAUGUUCCAAAUGUCAAAGUACCCGAAUACCCUGUGGGGUUCAGCUUUAUUGCAGUGCGUCCAAGCUGGAGGGGAAACGACUUUAACCCCAUUGUUCUAUUUUUUAAAGGAAUUAGAUCUAUGUUCCCUUUGUAAAUGGAAGAGAAUAUAAAUCUUUUUAUGAAGAAAAAAAAA